ACAAAGAAUAAAUAUUUUCUUCUUAUGGUUGACGAAUACUCCAGGUUCCCUUUUGCUUCUCCAUGUUCAAAUAUGUCAGCUAAAAAUGUCAUUUCCAGUCUUCAAAAAUUGUUCUCCACUUUAGGUUGCCCCUCAUUCUGUCCAUUCCCUCAUCUGUCCAUUCCGACAGAGCAGCUCAGUUUGUAUCACAAGAAGUCUUAGAAUUUUUAAGGAGUCAUGGCAUUGUUAUGACCCACUCAACUUCCUAUCAUCCUAUUGGAAAUGCACAGCAUGAGAGAACAGUUGGUACUGUAUGGAGGACUGUGCAUCUCGCUUUAGGGUAACUCAGAUAUUCUGAAUAUCAGUGGGAACUAGCUUUAGUUUCAGUAUUACACUCCAUUCUAUCACUCCUUUGUACUGCCACAAACCAAACUCCUCAUGAAGGAUUAUUCUCAUUCCCUAGGAAGUCUUUUAAUGGACACUCUACCAUCUUGGCUUACGACGCCUGGACCAAUUCUACUGCAGAAAUUUGUCCAUACUUCUAAGACUGAUUCACUGGUGGAAGAGGUAGGGCUUGAGAGUGCUACCCCUCACUACACUCAUGUACGCUAUCCUGAUGGACGAAAAAUCUACUGUCUCCACGACUUGUCUCCACUACUGUCAAGGACUUGGCUCCCACUCUGAGAGAACCAAACCAAGAAGAGGAAAACAGCAGAAGACCACAGGACUUCCCAACGCCUGAACAAACUACACCUUCUUCUGAGAUUGCCACUGAUAAAGACUCUGUGAAGACCUUUUCAGGUACAAACAAUCCUUCACCAGACAACAUGGAACCUUUAGGCAUCAGAGACAGUAGUACACCUGCAGGUCUUCAGUCGUAUGCUAAAAGAGUUAAACCACUGAGGCGUUCCACCAGGGUUAGCAAACCCCCUGAUAGGUUUGGUUAUCAAGAGUACUCUUGCUUGAGUUUUUUUUUUUUUUUUUAAGGGGGAAAAUGUGGUGUUUGUACAACUCGUUAAACUCGGUAGUGAGUGUCAUCUUUAUAUAUGUUUGGGGUUUCAUUGGUUCAGUGGUUUAGUUGUUGUUUCACUGUUUUCCCUCAAUAUUAUGUGUAAGCUUUACGAAGCUUCAUCGAAAGUUUUUCCUCAUAGUGUUGGACCAGCACAGGAGACAGUUAACUCCAGCUGCUCCACCUGUACAUAGCUUUGGUUUAUUGCUAAGUAAAGCCUUGGAAAGAGGUUGGGUAUACUUUACCCUUUUUUUUUUUUUCGAUAUACCUCAAUCUCCUCUCAGGAGAAAUUUCCACUCCGUUUUUUUAUUUUUUUCCAACUCAUUUAAAUUUCUUUUCCUUCUCACUCAUCUCCUCUAUGGUUAACCAUUCUGUGUUCAACAGUGUUAGUUUUAUUCUUGAAUUUGAUUUCACUACUGUGAGCAAGCAAGAAAUAAAAGUCCCGGGCUCUUAUGAAUCAAAAAGAAUAUGUGAAUAACUCUCCACUCCCUUUUUUUGCUUAGUAAAUUUUUUACCCUAUGUCCUACCACUCAACAAGUUGCUUCUGGGGCUAUCAACCACUCUGUGUGCUUGUUAGACAAUGGUAGUUUUAUCCUCAAAUAUGACUUUAUUACAGAAAAAAUGCAAGACAGAAAGGCCAAAUAAUCUUAAUAAUAUAUAUCCUCAUGAAACUACAGAUGAAAAUCAAUUGACAAAGGAGAGAAAGAACCCAAGAAACAAGCAGAGGUUCUUACUAUCCAUGCCCAAGACUGCAAAAAGCAAGAGAGAACAGAGAUAAAAAAAAAAAAAAUCUGCUGCCUCUGUCCUAAAAUAUGAAGAAAAUUUAUUUGAGUAGAAGCAUGGUGGUAUUCCUGCACAUCCUGUGCAUGUGUUUACUCACAUUCGUUGUUGACUGUUUAAAGCCCCAAGUCUCCAAAACUGCAAACAACCACCAUACAAUACAAGCACCAUCAACUACAGAAACUGCUGUGUUGGAUGGCAACUCUACGGCUUCACUUUCAUCAAACACAAAAGUCACAGAUGUGAGACUGCCUGCUUCCCUCCGACCUCUCCAUUACCAACUUCAGCUUCAGCCCUUCGUCAGGGGAAAUUUUAGCAUCAAUGGAUAUGUACAGGUGGAGGUGGAGGUGGUGACAGAGACCUCUGUUUUUACCCUCCACAUGGCUGACAUCAUCACACACAAUGAAACAGUCAAGAUAGUGGAUGCCAGAAGUGCAAUGGAGAUCAGCAUCCUUAAGCAGACAUACGACAACCAGCGCCAGUUUUACCAUGCCCACCUCCAACAACCACUGACCAAAGGCUGCCGAUAUGUGUUGUCUAUGGAAUUCACAGGUUACCUCAAUGACCAACUGUACGGUUUCUACAGGUCAUCAUAUACAGACUCAAAUGGAAUAAAGAGGUGGCUUGCUGUUACACAGUUCCAGCCAACAGAUGCCCGCCGAGCCUUCCCAUGCUUCGACGAGCCAGCCAUGAAAGCCACGUUUGAGGUGUUCCUGGCAAGGGAGACAGACAUGUCCGCUGUCUCCAACAUGCCCAAAAUAAACAGCCGGCCAAUAGAAGGUCAGCAGGGAUGGAUGUGGGACCAUUUCAACACCAGUGUUCCCAUGUCCACCUACCUUGUGGUAUUCCUUGUGUCUGACUUCAGAUCAAAGGAGGUCACCACACAGAACGGAGUGUCCUUCAGGACGUGGGCACGAGAGACUGCAAUCAACCAGACAAAUUACUCACUUGAAAUUGGUUCAAAAAUCCUUACCUUCUUUGAGGACUACUUCAGUAUUCCAUACCCACUCCCAAAACAAGACAUGGUUGCCAUCCCAGACUUUGCAUCAGGUGCCAUGGAGAACUGGGGGCUCAUCACCUACAAGGAGAUUUCAUUGUUUUAUGACCCAAAGGUGUCUUCAGCCUACAGCAAACAGCGGGUGAUGAAAACUGUGGCACACGAGCUGGCUCACCAGUGGUUUGGGAACCUGGUAACUCCUAAAUGGUGGACAGAUCUAUGGCUCAGUGAGGGUUUUGCAAGCUUCAUGGUGUAUGUGUGCAUUGACCAUGCUGAGCCAGAGUGGCAAAUGAUGGAGCAGUUAAUCAUGAUGGACUUGCACAAGGUUUUCAGAUUUGACUGCCUUGAGUCCUCCCAUCCCAUCAGCAUCCCUGUUGCUCAUCCUGAUGAGAUAAACAAGAUUUUUGAUACCAUCUCUUAUGUCAAAGGUGCUUCAAUAAUCCGAAUGAUGAAAUUUUUCCUGACGGAGGCAACCUUCCGCAGGGGUCUCACUAACUACCUGAAAACCAAAGCAUAUGCCAAUGCUGAACAAGAUGAUUUGUGGAACUUCCUGACACAAGCAGGCCACCAGGACUUGACACUUGGCAAGUGUGUCACUGUCAAAACUAUCAUGGACACAUGGACACUACAGAUGGGCUAUCCUGUGAUCACAGUCAUGCGAAGUGCUGAUGGAGCCUCAGCCACAGUCACACAGGAGCGGUUCCUGUUGAGGAAAGACCCCAACUCCAAUGACACUCAUGUCUACAGGUGGUGGGUGCCACUCUCCCACACCACACAGGCCACUGCUGACUUCAGCAAGACAGCACCCUCCAGGUGGCUCUCAAAGACUGACUCUAAGAUCACGAUCCGGUCCCUCCCAAACAGUAGUCAGUGGGUAAUAUUCAACGUACAGGAGACUGGCUACUACAGAGUCAAUUACGAUGAAAAUAACUGGAAGCAGCUGAUAAAGCAACUCAAAGCUGAUCACACCAAGAUCCACGUCAACAACCGCGCACAGCUCAUAGAUGAUGCGCUCAACUUGGCACGAGCAGGUCAGUUGUCAUAUUCCUUGCCGAUGGAUCUCAUUGCAUAUCUGAAGAGUGAGACUUCGUACACGCCAUGGGCUACUGCUCUAAAUAACUUGGCUUAUAUUGAUAAAGUUUUCUCUCGCACUGGAACUUAUGGAUCUCUUAAGAAUUUCUUGCUCCGUCUGCUUGGGCUGCAAUACAAGUCUAUUGGGUUCCAAGACUCUUUAACUGACCCUCACCUUGACCAGCACAAAAGAGUAAAGAUACUCAGUUGGGCCUGCAAGCUGGGUCAUGAAGACUGUGUGACCCAGUCUGUCAGCCUCUUCAAUCAGUGGAUGAUGAACCCAAUGAACAAAAGCAUCAUCUCCCCAAACCUGAAGUAUGUGGUGUACUGCACUGCCAUAGCUGCUGGUAAGGACAAGGAAUGGGAGUUUGCAUGGAAUCAGUACCUCAACUCAAAUGUUGGCUCUGAAAAGAGCAGACUGCUCUCGGCUCUGGGGUGCUCCAGGGAGUUGUGGAUUCUGUCAAGGUACCUUGAGAUGGCCUUCACCAAAGACACUGGCAUCAGAAAAAAAGAUGUAGUCAGGGUGUUCCAUUCUGUGGCCUCAAACACUGUGGGAAAAGACUUGGCUUGGACCUUCUUGAGAGAUCAGUUGGAUGAUAUUAUUGAUUACAUAGGUAAAGGCUUUUCCAGUCUCAAGUGGAUGAUAAAAGCAACAACUAAUGGCAUGAACAAGGACCUGUACUUAACAGAGCUCAAACAGUUCCAGUCUGCCAACAAAGACAAAUUGGGCUCUGUUAAGCAAGCUGUAUCCCAGGCUAUUGAGACUGUUGCCAACAACAUUGAAUGGAUGAACAAAAACAGGCAAGUGAUCACUGAGUGGCUGGAAAAUCAUGGUUAUCUGUUAACACUCAGGAGUACUUAAGUGUGUGUGUGUGUGUGUGUGUGUGUGUGUGUGUGUGUGUGUGUGUGUGUCUGUUGUAGCAAUGGGAUAUUAAUAUGGUAUAUACUACGAUGGACAGAUUUGUCUGUCUUUGCUAGUACCAUUGUGGCUUAUAUUUAUAAUCUGUUAUCAAUUUUUGGUUUCAUUUAAUUGCUUGACUAUGACUUUUCCCUGAGAACAAUUACAAUUUUAAUUAUUUUACAUUACUCUUACCUUUGCAUUUUAUGCAUUUUACUUAACUCUAGAUGUUCUUAAUCGCAUCUGGCUUUUUUUUUUUUUUUACAAUAUUGCUGAAUGAUAUGCAGUACUUGCUGUAAUCAAAAACCAAUGGUACCUUUUACAUCAAAUGCACCCUAUCUGUAAGUCCCACAUAAAACAACUAGAAUUAUCUCAUCACCAGUGGACAAGUCAUUCAUGUAAAGUAGCAUGUUAUUAACUUAAACAUCUCAGUUGUUGUUGUUAUGUCUGUUCUGACAAGGUACAGUAUUAGCUGACUGGCUUUAACACCUCAUAUAAUGUGACCAAUAAAGUGGAAUAUGUG